UGAGCCUUGAGCUUAAUUAACUUCUCUUUUUUUUCCUCUCUGUGUUUUGUUUGUUCAUCAUCAACCAUGGCGCUCCCGAAACCAGCUUCCGAGUCUGACCUCUCAGUGCUCUCAACCUCGGCCUCUCGCUAUGUUCGGGAUUCUCUCCCGAGGUAUAAGAUGCCGGACAACUCGAUACCGAAGGAGGCAGCCUAUCAAAUAAUACACGAUGAAUUGCUACUUGAUUUCAAGCCAAAGUUGAACCUGGCUUCCUUCGUCACCACUUUGAUGGAGCCAGAGUCCGACAAACUAAUCAUGGAGUCUAUCAACAAGAAUUACGUUGACAUGGAUGAGUACCCUGUUACCACAGAGCUUCAUAAUCGGUGUGUGAACAUGAUAGCACAUCUGUUUAACGCUCCACUUGGAGACUCUGAGGAUGCAAUUGGAGUGGGAACAGUGGGUUCAUCUGAGGCUAUUAUGCUUGCUGGCCUUGCAUUCAAGAGGAAGUGGCAGAACAAGCGCAAGGCCCAAGGAAAACCUUAUGCCAACCCCAACAUUGUCACUGGUGCCAAUGUUCAGGUAUGCUGGGAAAAAUUUGCAAGGUACUUUGAGGUGGAGCUGAAGGAAGUGAAGGUGAGAGAAGGGUACUAUGUAAUGGACCCUGCAAAAGCAGUGGAAAUGGUGGAUGAGAACACUAUUUGUGUUGCUGCUAUUUUGGGCUCUACCUACAAUGGAGAAUUCGAAGAUGUCAAGCUCUUGAACGAUCUCUUGCUAGAAAAGAACAACCAAACUGGAUGGGAUACUCCUAUUCACGUUGAUGCAGCUAGUGGGGGAUUCAUUGCACCCUUCAUUUAUCCAGAGCUUGAAUGGGAUUUCCGCCUUCCACUGGUGAGGAGCAUCAAUGUGAGUGGCCACAAGUACGGCCUUGUUUAUGCCGGAAUUGGGUGGAUUAUUUGGAGGACCAAACAAGACUUGCCUGAAGAGCUUAUCUUCCGCAUCAAAUACCUUGGAGCUGAGCAAUCCACCUUCACCCUCAACUUCUCCAAAGGUUCUAGCCAAAUUAUUGCCCAGUAUUAUAACCUAAUCCGCUUGGGCCAGGAGGGGUAUCGCAAUAUCAUGGAGAAUUGUCACGAAAACGCAAUGGUGCUAAAGGAAGGGUUGGAAAGGACAGGGCGCUUUAACAUAGUGUCAAAGGACCAUGGGGUGCCAGUGGUGGCCUUUUCUCUCAAGAAGAAAAACGGCGGCCAUGAUGAGUUCGAGGUGUCUGAAAUGUUGCGCCGCUUUGGUUGGAUUGUGCCGGCGUAUCCAAUGCCGGCGGAUGCAGAGCACAUUACAGUGCUCCGUGUCGUGAUUAGGGCGGAGUUCUCGCGAACCCUAGCUGAGCGCCUUGUGCAAGACAUCACGAAUGUUCUCCAUGAUCUUGACAAGCUCCCCCCAAAGCUCAUAGUUGGUGAAGAAGAGAAACAAGAGAAUGGUGGUGGUGCGUUGGUGAAGAGAAAGAGUGACUUGGAGACACAGAGGGACAUCACUACAUAUUGGAAGAAUUAUGUUGUUGCCCAGAAAGCAAUCAAGCGCCAAAAAGUUGCGGCCUCUUAACCGAUCGAGGAUGGGUGAACCUAAAUUAGGAGCUAGCUUCUCCUGCACCGUUUACGCUGAUUAAGAGUGCAUUUAGAGUUUGACUUUUUUUUUUUUUUG